UGGAUGGUGAACCCUGAAGUCGGUGUCUGCUGUGUUCACGGCAGGAUUCGGUUAGAGAAUGGGGUCUUGCUACGUUGUCCAAGCUGGUCUCAAACUCCUGGCCUCAAGUGAUCCUCUCCCCUUGGCCUCCCAAAGUGCUGGAAUUACAGGAGGAACAGCACAGCAUGCUGGGCUCUGGAUUUAAAGCUGAGCGCUUAAGAGUGAAUUUGAGAUUAGUCAUAAAUCGCCUUAAACUAUUGGAGAAAAAGAAAACGGAACUGGCCCAGAAAGCAAGGAAGGAGAUUGCUGACUAUCUGGCUGCUGGGAAAGAUGAACGAGCUCGGAUCCGUGUGGAGCACAUUAUCCGGGAAGACUACCUUGUGGAGGCCAUGGAGAUCCUGGAGCUGUACUGUGACCUGCUGCUGGCUCGGUUUGGCCUUAUCCAGUCUAUGAAGGAACUAGAUUCUGGUCUGGCUGAAUCUGUGUCUACAUUGAUCUGGGCUGCUCCUCGACUCCAGUCAGAAGUGGCUGAGUUGAAAAUAGUUGCUGAUCAGCUGUGUGCCAAGUAUAGCAAGGAAUAUGGCAAGCUAUGUAGGACCAACCAGAUUGGAACUGUGAAUGACAGGCUAAUGCACAAGCUGAGUGUGGAAGCCCCACCCAAAAUCCUGGUGGAGAGAUACCUGAUUGAAAUUGCGAAGAAUUACAAUGUACCCUAUGAACCUGACUCUGUGGUCAUGGCAGAAGCUCCUCCUGGGGUAGAGACAGAUCUUAUUGAUGUUGGAUUCACAGAUGAUGUGAAGAAAGGAGGCCCUGGAAGAGGAGGGGGUGGUGGCUUCACAGCACCAGUUGGUGGACCUGAGGGAACGGUGCCAAUGCCCAUGCCCAUGCCUAUGCCAUCUGCAAAUACGCCUUUCUCAUAUCCACUGCCAAAGGGACCAUCAGAUUUCAAUGGACUGCCAAUGGGGACUUAUCAGGCCUUUCCCAUUAUUCAUCCACCUCAGAUACCAGCAACUCCCCCAUCGUAUGAAUCUGUAGAUGACAUUAAUGCUGAUAAGAAUAUCUCUUCUGCACAGAUUGUUGGUCCUGGACCCAAGCCAGAAGCCUCUGCAAAGCUUCCUUCCAGACCUGCGGAUAACUAUGACAACUUUGUCCUACCAGAGUUGCCAUCUGUGCCAGACACACUACCAACUGCAUCUGCUGGUGCCAGCACCUCAGCAUCUGAAGACAUUGACUUUGAUGAUCUUUCCCGGAGAUUUGAAGAGCUGAAAAAGAAAACAUAGGUCUCUUAAACCAGGCAACUUUCAUGUUCUGGGAGUUGAGACUGAGCAAUUUCUCCUUGUAACAAAGAAUCUCCAUGAAAUUCUGUUUCAUCUGUUAACCGUCACUCAGCACAACACUCCUCCUCUGGGCUCUCUUCCUGCUCCUCCAGAUUCUGCUGCUUUCUAGUUCUCUGUUGAUCCUAACAACUGGAGACUGAGGCCGGAGCAUCUGGCUCCUGGCAGCUGUGCUUGUCCGUUUCCUGUCAGUGAUCCCAGGUUUCCUCCUGGCCUGUCCCAUGGUCCCUCCACAGGAGUGUGGGAGGAUGGGGAAGCACUGUGGGGAGACCACCAAAGAUGGCUGGACAGUGGGAGAAAGCACGUCGUGAAGCAUCCCAGCCUCGUGUUGAGGUUCCAGACUUAGAAACAAACACCUCUGUACAGGGGGAUUGUGGUGAGUGAGAAUCAAGGCCACGGUGUGUGUUUUCUCACUCGAGAGAAAAUGACUCAGGACACCAUUGUAACAGUUCCUGGAAGCUGGGCCUUCUCAUUGGCAUAUACAGUACUCCUCGCUGCAGGGCACUGUCCCACCAGGAUCCAGUUGCAAAGUUUGUCUCGACAGUUGAAGGCCUCGCUUAGUUGUACUGGAUUCUCAGGGAGCCCUCUGUGGCCUUUUGCUUUGAGUGCUGUUUCCCUUGUACCAGGGGGCGGCACCGUGGAAAUUCUGUUUUCCCUGUAGCAUAUUGUGUUGGAUUGCAUUACUGGCAGAGAAAGGACAAGUUGCCAUUCAAGUCUAGGGUGGGCUUCCAGCUGCCUUAAUAGAAGUACUCAAGUCUUUUGGGUAGUGAGCUGGAAAGCCUACAGGAAAAGAGGGGUACCUGUUUUCAUUUGAAAACUUUGAUUCAUGGAACCUUUAAAACUAAUCUCAGAUAAAUUUUUCGUGCCCAUGCGGCUGUUCACUGCUUUCCUGGAUGGAUGGGACUCUUAUAUCGUAACUUCUGUUACUCCUUUGCCCCAUAGCUGAGGUCAUCCUUCCCCACAGGGGUGGCUUUGGGAUUGGAUGAUACAGCUUUUGCUUCUGUGUAGUAUACCUGUACAUACUUGUUUCAGGCAGCCUUUCUUUAAUGUUUUCAGUUGGUUUGUAUUCUGUAGCUGAGUAGCUGCUAAUAAAGUUAAAGAUCCUG